UGAAAAUUCGCUAAAAAUGCUGUUUUAAAGCCAAAAGAGGACUAAAAUCUAAUAGAAAUAAUACUAUUUUUUCUAUGUAAAAUCCUUUCAAAAACCUUAUUUGAAAAGGUAAUUCCUGGAACAGAUAACUUUACAGUUGGCAACAACAUUGACGUUUAUUAUUUAUAGGUUAAGUUAGCUGUCAACUAAUUUCAUAGGCCACUCACUAUGCUGAUAUCUAAGGGGGUAGCCACCCUAAAGGCUUUACAAAAACUUCGUAGUAAUCCGAUACAGUUGAAACAAUCAGUAAGGAAUAGCAGUGCAGGGUGGAAUUAUAGAGUUGGCCCUCCUCCACCUUCCAAAACAGUUGUUCUAGCUGCAGAAAUAGUACAAGGGUUUGCGUGGUGGUGGGUUUUAUGGCACUUGUGGACCGAACCUGGUCAUGUUUUUGGCGAAUUUGAGUAUCCAGACCCCAGCAAAUGGACAAACGCCGAAUUGGGAAUCCCAGAGGAUUAAAUCAAGUUAAAAUAUUAGUUGUUUUAGUUCUGUAAAUAAUAAAUAAAGCCUACU